AACUCACAUCUAACUUCUAAUUACCAAUGCACAAUGCAGGAGGCUCUCCUUACCCUUUCUCCAGCAAUGGAGAAACACAUUCACCAAGUAGACCAUUAUUGAUCAAGGAACAAUCAUUCCAUGAUCUUGCACCUUCUCCAUCACUGCCUCAAUCUACUUCUCCUUGUAUCAUCAAUGAAGCGAAAAACCCUUCUUUUAUUAACCUCAUAGCCAACUUGAGCAUCACAAAUGCAAAGAUUACUCAUCGUUCCUGCUCUGCUCCGUCGGUAUUAUUCACCGACAUGAGAGUAGAUUUUCAUGAGCCAUCUGAUCAUAGACCUGCAUAUAGGCCCUCAACUUUAAUAGUUAGACUAUCUUUCAUUAUGCUUUUCUUUUAUGUGGCUAUUGGUGUUACAGUUUACAUGUUAAGUGAGAGUUUCAAGGGCACUACCACAUUCAGACCUGUAGAUGCUGUGUACUUCACAGUGGUAACUUUAUGCACUAUUGGAUAUGGAGAUAUUGUUCCUGAUACCAUAAUUGCAAAAAUGUUUACAUGUGGUUUCAUUUUGGUGGGUUUUGGAUUUAUUGGUUUUAUGCUUAAUCAAUUAGUUGUAUACAUCUGUGAUAGACAUGAGGCAUUCUUAUUGAGCAUGAUGGAUGAGGAUAGAUACAAGAAAAUUCUGAGGACUUGUAUGGUUGAUGAAGAGAAAGGAAGAAUGAGGAUAAGAACCAAAGUUUGUGUUGCUUUGGUUGUUGUUAUUGUCUGCAUUGCUAUUGGAACAGUCACUUCACACUUUGUCGAGGAUCUGAAUUGGGCCGACAGUUUUUAUCUCUCCGUUACUUCUGUUACAACGGUUGGUUAUGGAGAUUAUGCUUUCAAAACUUUAGCUGGAAGAUGUUUUGCGAUUCCGUGGCUUUUGGUAAGCACGUUCGCAGUUACAAGGUCGUUUCUAUACCUCACUGAUUACAGCUUGCAUAAGAGAAGCCGCGAGAUGACAAAAUGGAUUCUUCAUAAGAAAAUAACCUUAUCAGAUUUAGCAGCUGCAGAUCUUGAUCAUGAUGGAUCAAUCAGUAAAUCUGACUUUGUCAUAUACAAGCUUAAGCAAAUGGGGAAGAUUAGUGAGAUAGACAUUCUACAAAUUAGCAAACAAUUUGAUUCAUUGGACCAUGCCAUGUAUGGCAAGAUCACUCUAGCUGACCUCAUGGAAACUGUCUAAUUCAAGUAUCUCUUCUAAAAUUAUAGACCAGUGAAAGCAAACGCCAUUAUUCCGGACCACGGCCAGAAACUAAAACAUGUGAUCAUAUCAUCCGGUCAUAAAGUUAACCUUAAUUUGGUACUUGAAAACUGAAAAGGAAACAUUUUAUUUGUAGUGUUGAUUCUUUUGGUUUGUUGAUGUGAUGUCAUUACCUAAUAUGUAAAUAUAAUAAGUAUACACAACAUUUUGAUUCUUUAAUGUACUUUUCUGAAUAAAUUUGAAUAAAAAGUUUCUUGCAUAUAUUAAGUUAUCUCAAAGACUA